ACCUCCCUCCUUCUUCUCCUUCCCUUCUCUUUCUCUCGGUCUCGGAAAUCUUUAUCUAUCUAUUAGCUACCUACAGCUCCUGAUCAAGUAAGACCAUAAAAUCUGAAUCACCCCCAGCAGCCGAUCUAGUACAACGCUUCAGACCCCUGGCGCAAUCUCCACACUAGAAAAAGAAAUUUUUGUCGAUAUCCUACACGGAGUCACACACUCUCAGCAACCUUGCACGCCCCCUCUUAUCUACUUUCCCGCCACUUUAAUCCGCACGGUUCCGAGUAUAUAUAACUUCUUCCUCGCACUACAGUUACCUUUACACUCAAUCCGUAGUGUAUACACCUUUUUGAAACGUGCACAACCAUGAAGCUCUCAUUCUCUAUUUUAACCGCCAUUGCGCUUACUUUGGUCUCUACCGCCGAAGCUGGCAAGCAUUCCGCCAAGAUCUCCAAGGUGCCGAUUGAGGAGACCUUAAAGGACGCCGACUUUGGUAAGUAUGUCCAUGGCCUUACCAACAAGUACAUCAACCAGUUCAACCGCCACGUCACCCAACAAAACGCCAUCUUGGGCGCCGAGCAGGUACCAUUGGUUGAGGUCAACGGUGGCCACGACACCGACUUGACUAACUACUUGAACGCCCAGUACUUUACCGACAUUCAGAUUGGUACGCCUGGCCAGACCUUUAAGGUUAUUUUAGACACCGGGUCUUCCAACUUGUGGGUCCCAUCGGUUGAUUGCUCUUCUUUGGCCUGUUUCUUGCACGCCAAGUACGACCACAGCUCCUCCUCUUCUUACAAGGAGAACGGUACCGAGUUCUCUAUCCAGUACGGUUCCGGCUCUUUGAGUGGAUACUUCUCCCGUGACACCUUGACCUUGGGUGACUUGGUCAUUCCUAACCAGAGUUUUGCCGAGGCCACCAGCGAGCCAGGCUUGGCUUUCGCCUUUGGUAAGUUUGACGGUAUUUUGGGCUUGGCCUAUGACACCAUCUCUGUCGGCCAUGCGGUUCCACCGGUAUAUCAGGCCAUCGACCAGGGCUUGUUGGACAAGAAGCAAUUUGCCUUCUAUUUGGGUGACACCAACAAGGACGCCGAUAAGGGCGGUGUUGCCACUUUCGGUGGCUACGACGACCAGUACUACACCGGAAAGAUCACUUGGUUGCCAGUCAGGAGAAAGGCGUACUGGGAGGUUUCCUUUGACGGUAUUGGGUUGGGCAAUGAGUACGCCUCCUUGGAGGGCCACGGUGCUGCUAUCGACACCGGUACCUCCUUGAUUGCCUUGCCAUCUGGGUUGGCAGAAAUCUUGAACGCGCAGAUCGGUGCAAAGAAGGGCUGGACCGGCCAGUACAGCGUUGACUGUGCCUCUCGUGACACCUUGCCAGACUUGACCUUUAAUUUCUCCGGGUACAACUUUACCAUCUCUCCAUACGAUUACACCUUGGAGGUUUCCGGUUCGUGUAUUUCUGCGUUUACCGGCAUGGAUUUCCCGGCCCCAGUAGGUCCAUUGGCGAUCAUUGGUGAUGCUUUCUUGCGUAAGUACUACUCCAUUUACGACUUGGAGAAGAACGCGGUCGGUUUGGCCAAGUCCGUUUAGAAAGGGACUGUUUUAUAAAAGUGCGCAGAUCGUUUCUUAAAGCUCACUGGUGUGUACGCUGGUUUUCUCUAUUUUAUAUGUUAUAUGCCCCG